UCUCCUCAGAGCAGCAAGAGUCCUUAUCAAGACAAGAGCAGCAGAAGCAAGACAAAAAUAUUUCUCCAUCAAAAGGAAGAUGAAGCUAACAGAGAAACCCCUCUACUGGUUGAUGCUCGUCAUCCCUCUGUGCUGCCUCUUGGACUCCAUGAAUGGGAGGAAAGUGGACAACGACACAGUUGGGAGCCAAGCGAGGACCAGACGGCUUUUUGCGAGACAAAAGAUUUCACCGCCUGCGGAGGGUGUCAGUCCAAAACGCAAGACGGAGGUCGCGACCCCCGUUCGCCGCUGCAGCCUCCAGCGUGAGAUCUGCUCCUCCUCUGUGCCGUGCUGCAACCCCUGCUCGGCCUGCCGUUGUCGCUUCUUCAACACCGUCUGCCACUGCUGGAAGAUGAAUCCUCCAUGCCUGAGGAAGCGUAAAACCCUGCGGAUGCGUAUUGGAGCGUAGGAAGCCCUGGAGCCGUAUGCUGUACGGCGAUGUACAGUACAUAUUCUAUACUGUACAUUCUGUGCACUGACUUUGUCUUUACUUCUCUUGUCUACACUUUUUAGUCCCAAAAGUAUAAUCAGAAAGAAAACUGACUCAAUAAUGUUUAGCUGUAAUAUGCAAUACGUAUGAAUAUGUGAUGUGAAAAAAUCAUACAUCAUUUCAGUGGUAAAUCCGAGUCGCACACAAUUUAAAUCACGUUUUAUUAUAGGAAAUAUUGCAAAUCCAAUUAAUAACAAAAUAAUAAUAAAAAAAAUAAAAUAAUAAUAAUAGUAAGAAUAAUACUUAUUAUUAUUAUUUUUAUAAUAGAAGUAGGGAUGUGAAUCUUACUACAACACAAUUUGAUUUGAUUCUGAUUAUUGUGGGGAUGAUUCCAUUCAUAAUCGACUCUCGAUUUUAACCGAUUCUGGCAAUAUAUUAUUUGGUAUAAAAAUGAUAAAAUAUUUUCAAAACAGGUUAUUACAAAAGCUACUCUUGGCUACUUGCCUAUGACGUAUACGCGUAGCGAGUAAGCCGGAGAUGGGCGGGAAAAAAAAUGACAUAUGUACAAACUCCGUUUCCAUAUGAGUUGGGAAAUUGUGUUAGAUGUAAAUAUAAACGAAAUACAAUGAUUUGCAAAUCCCUUUCAAACCAUAUAAGUUGAAUGCACUACAAAGACAAGAUAUUUGAUGUUCAAACUCAUAACCUUUAUUUUUUUUUUGCAAAUAAUAAUUAACUUGGAAUUUCUUGGCUGCUACACGUGCCAAAGUAGUUGGGAAAGGGCAUGUUCAUCAUUGGGUUACAUCACCUUUUCUUUUAACAACACUCAAUAAACGUUUUGGGAACCGAGGACACUUAUUGUUGAAGCUUUGAAAGUGGAAUUCUUUCUCAUUCUUGUUUUAUGUAGAGCUUUAAUCGUUCAACAGUCCUGGGUCUCCGUUGUCGUAUUUUACGCUUCAUAAUGCGCCACACUUAUUCAAUGAAAGACAGGUCUGGACUGCAGGCGGGUCAGGAAAGUACCCGCGCUCUUUUACUGCGGAACCACGCUGUUGUAACACGUGGCUUGGCAUUGUCUUGCUGAAAUAAGCAGGGGCGUCCAUGAUAACGUUGCUUGGAUGACAACAUAUGUUGCUCCAAAACCUGUAUGGACCUUUCAGCAUUAAUGGUGCCUUCACAGAUGUGUAAGUUACCCAUGCCUUGGGCACUAAUACACCCCCAUACCAUCACAGAUGCUAGCUUUUGAACUUUGCGGCUAUAACAAUCCGGAUGGUUAUUUUCCUCUUUGUUCCGGAGGACACCACGUCCACAGUUUCCAAGUAUAAUUUGAAAUGUGGACUCGUCAGACCACAGAAUCUUUUUCCAUUUUGCAUCAGUUCAUCUUAGAUGUGCUCGGGCCCAGUGAAGCCAGCGGCGUUCUUUGGUUUUGUUGAUUAAUGGGUGUUGCUUUGCAUAGCAGCGUUUUAACUUGCACUUACAGAUGUAGCGACCAACUGUAGUUACUGACAGUGGUUUUAUGAAGUGUUCCUGAGCCCAUGUGGUGAUAUCCUUUACACACUGAUGUUGGUUUUUGAUGCAGUACCGCCUGAGGGAUCAAAGGUCCGUAAUAUCAUCGCUUACGUGCAGUGAUUUCUCCAGAUUCUCUGAACCUUUUGAUGAUUUUACGGCCCGUAGAUGGUAAAAUCCCUAAAUUCCUUGCAAUAGCUCCUUGAGAAAUGUUGUUCUAAAACUGUUCAACAAUUUGCUUACAAAUUGGUGACCCUCGUCCCAUCCUUAUUUGUGAAUCACUUAGCAUUUCAUGGAAGCUGCUUUUAUACCCACCUGUUCCCAAUUAGCCUGCACACCUGUGGGAUGUUCCGAAUAAGUGUUUGAUGAGCAUUCUUCAACUUUAUCAGUAUUUAUUGCCACCUUUCCCAACUUCUUUGUCAUGUGUCGCUGGCAUCAAAUUCUAAAGUUAAUGAUUAUUUGCACAAAAAAAAAAUGUUUAUCAGUUUGAACAUCAAAUAUGUUGUCUUUGUAGCAUAUUCAACUGAAUAUGUGCUGAAAAUGAUUUGCAAAUCAUAGUAUUCCGUUUAUAUUUACAUCUAACACAAUUUCCCAACUCAUAUGGAAAUGGGGUUUGUAUAUAUAUAUAUAUAUUGUUAUUAUUAUAAAUAUUAUAGGUUAGUAAUUGUAUUAUUCAAUUUACUAACUAAUCUUUGUGUGUAAAUACAUUUCAUUUCUAUUUUGUGAGUUUCUGACGUUUUAGAUCAAUG